AUGACUCAAAGCGAGACUGCUCUUCACAUUGCAGUACAACGCAAGAGAUUGGAUGCUCUUGAAGUCCUAGCAAAGACUGCAUGGCUUAAAGCCGUUGUGUGGGUGUUGAGUGCUUGUUGGGCGAGUGCUGAAGCACUAAGGCUGACUUGGGUUCUAAGUGCCGAGAUAAGGGUUGAGCCCAAGGCCGCACGGAAGGGCAAUGCUUUGCUAGUGGUAUUAGUUUUGAUUCUAACAGCUACUUACCAAGCUACUCUUUGUCCACCUGGUGGUUUUGGGCAGGUGCCUUUGAUUAUUUUCAUUUUUAUUUAUCUCACAAUGAAGAGGUUGAAGAGGGUUGCUCGGGCUGGAAAUAUUGAUGAAUUGUAUACAUUAAUUGGGAGGGAUGCAUAUAUUUUAGAGCGUGUUGAUCAGAUGCCUUUUUCUGACACUCCUUUACACAUAGCUUCAGCUGCAGGGCACAUUGAUUUUGCGAUGGAGAUAAUGAAUUUAAAGCCAUCAUUUGCAAGAAAGCUGAAUCAAGAUGGCUUUAGCCCCAUUCACUUGGCCUUGCAGCAAGGGCAGACAGCGAUGGUGCUUCGUCUAUUGGUAAUUGAUAAAGAUCUUGUCCGUGUUAAGGGGAGGGAAGGAAAAACUCCUUUGCAUUACGUAGCUAGCGAAGGAAACCUCAGUCUUUUGGCUCAAUUUCUACUACGUUGUCCUAAAUGUAUUCAAGAUGUGACAAUCCGAAAUGAAACUGCUUUGCACAUUGUGGCAGAAAACGAUAACUUAAGAGCUCUACGAGUCUUACUGCAGUCACUUAAGAGGACUAACCUUUAUGGUAAAUCGUCAGAAAAAAGGCUUUUGAAUUUCAGGGAUAAGGAUGGCAACACUGUGUUGCACAUAGCUGCUUCCAAGAAUCAACCCCAGAUGGUCAAACUAUUGAUAGAAUGUAGGGUUAGUAUAAACAAGACCAAUUCAAGGGGUUUGACAGCUCUGGAUAUCUUAGAAAGCAUGAGCAAUGUUGACAACAGAGACAGUCUGGAGAUUCUACGCGAUUUUGGAGGCUUGAAUGGUUCCGCGACUCCUAGACCGCCACCCUUACACGUGAUGUUAGGAUCAAAGAUCACACUUCUUGAAAACGCAUUUGGUGAAGUGUUUCAUGAUAUUAUCACUAUGUCAGCUGAUAGAAGCAAUGCAUUGCUAGUAGUAUUAGUACUGAUUUUAACAGCAACUUACCAGGCCGCUCUCACCCCCCCCUUUCCUUUUUCUGGGGCUUCUACCGGCUCUGACUCUGCAAAUAACACUUCCACCGAUUCCACUGUGAGGAAAUCAGUGAUGGCAUCAACUGCUUUUCUUCUCUUCUACAUCCCAAACACUAUAGCUUUUAUCAUUGCAAUGAUCCUAACACUUGGCCUUCUUGCAAUUGUUGCCAGUGGCAUCACUACUCUUCUUCUAUUUACCGGUAGCGCUGAGAGUCAUAGACCGAAUAAAAAGACUUGGGAAACAUUUGAUUCAGAAGGAGGUACCACGACCUUAAUAGUUGAGACAUAUACACCAGGAAAGUAUUUGGUUGAAGCAUUAGAAAUCCAAGUAUCAAUGCGAUGGAUUAAAUGGAUCGCCAGCGAGAAUUCCCUCUCCUUGUUUGUCUCACUCGUUUUGGGGACCUUGUAUUUGAGGAUUUUAUUUUAA